AUGGCAACCAGGCCUGACUUCCUCCCAGAGUUCCUGAGGAAUAGGGGCAAGGCUAGCUGGGUGGACCGGGAAGUCACCACAGCCACGAGCCUGGGAAUCAUGGAAGAUGAAGAUCUGUGUGAAUACUUCAGGCUACUGUAUGAGGAGCGGCCACAGCAACUGCUACAGAAGUUCCCCUCCAUCGAGGAGCAGUCGGAAUCCCCAGCCAUCCGGCUUCUGAAGAAGAAACAGGAGGCCAAGAUCAUGCACCGCGCUCUGGAGGAGAAGGAGGAGAUACUUAAAGGCAAGAUGGAAGCCUUAAACUUGCGCUGGAAGGGGUUGGGCAUCAAGGAAGCUGAGCUGAAGACCCAUAUUCAGAAGUCUGAGAAAUUCAUCCAGGAGAAUGACAAGAAGCGAAUCCGCGCCCUGAAGAAAGCCAAAAAGGAGCGAGACCUCAAGGAGCAGCACAUGCGGGAGCUGGCCAAGGCCAAGCAGGAGCUGGUGGCCCUGCGACUGCAACACCAGACACUGAACACCAGACUGCAGAAGUAUUCCAUCUUCAACAAGUACCUGGAGAAGGUGGUGGAGAACUCCGACUUUGAGGACAUACACGAGGUGAUUGCCCGCUACAAGACGCUGGUGAGCAGGAACCAUGACCUCAAGCAUUCGGCGCAGGAAGGCCAGGAGAAGAUCGACCAGGCCAAGGCGCAGCUGGCGCACUACAUACAAGAGAAGGAGGAUGAGAUCCUCCAGCAUAACAACGAGCUGGCGCAGCUUCAGAUGCGAUUCGACCGUGCCCGCAGUAACGUCAUCAUCUGGGAAUCUCGUUGGGAGCACAUCCAGAACACCGCUGCCCAGAAGACCCUCCUGCUUGGCACCAUCAAAAUGGCAACGCUGAACCUCUUCCAGAUUGUGAGCAAGCAUAUGAAGGAGCCGGCCAAUGUGUCUCUGGAAGACACGCACAAACAGCUGGACGUGAUCCAGCAGUAUAUCCAAGACCUGUCAGACAUCUGGGCAGAAGUGAAGAAGAAGGAACAGUCACAAAACCGGGUUUAA